AUGUGGCCUACUGAUUCCAACGGCCUCAUGGAGAUGAAGACCAUUUUCCCAGUAAAAUCUGAUAGACAAUCAAUUUUAAGCUUCUACAUUCAGCGUUCUAUUCACAUCCACGUCCAAGUGCACACCGACUGGACCAUGCGCAAGAAUGGCACUAUCACUACUGGUAAUGUGGUCAGCAUAGGUCAGCUCUACUUCGACGAGGCGCUUGAGAAGAAGAUCAUGGCUCUGGAGCCAUAUGCUUCGCACACCCAGAUAAACCGUACCACCAACGCUGAGGAUAGUGUCUUUCCUUACGACACUGCUGGCGGUUUCAGUCCAAUCAUCAACGUCAUUCCUGUUGAUGGUCAUGAUAUCACCAAGGGCAUGAUUGGUUACGUCACCCUUGGUAUUAACACCACCGCCAUUGAACGCGGUGACAACUAUGUUGGCGACUAG